UAGAAGAGAGAAAUAACGGAAAAAAUAAAUCAAUAAAUUAAAAACCCUAGUUUCCUCUCUCUCUCUCUCUCGCUAGCCGCCACACCAACAAAGCUUAUUCCUCCGGUCCGGUGCCGUGCCGGUACCGGAGGCUGUGUCUGCUUCCCUUUUCCUCCUUUUUCUUUUGCCUCUCUUCUCAUCUGUUUCAAGUCCGGUUGAUAUGUCCUCGAUUCUGGUUUCAACGUUUCGUCACCCAAGACUCAUGGUGGUCGAAGGAGACGCGACGGUGGCCCUGGAAAAGAGACGAGACUGAGACGCGACUGGUAAGAGUGAGGUCGGCUUUUAGGACUGGAGUGGCCGCCGGAUCUAGUUUUCAAUCUUUCAGAUCUGUGGCGUGGACUCCGUGACAACGGCGCGUGACCCAGUGGGAGUCCUUCUCCGACUUGGAUCUACCCCUUGCGGCAGUGACACAGAUGGAGAAGCGUUUGAACAAGCGGCAGAAGAUGGUUUUGUCUAUCCGGUUCUCGGAGGCAACGUGUGGUGAAGUUUAACGCCGUCGGAGUAGUCAACCGGUGGAGGACGCUUCACGGGUCGCACACGGUGAGGCCCUACAUCCCAGCACCGGCGUCACUGCAGAUUGUCCGGUGGUAAGGUCUCACGCCAUUUGAAGCUAGGGUAUGCUGUUCCGGUUGUGUUUGUUGGUUGUCAGGUCCGAUUUUAUCAGUACGGCUCUGUGCCGUCUUUCCGGCUAAGGAGUGAGACGGUCAAGUCCAGUGAUGCUGAAUCUAAUCAAGGUUGCACCAUUUCGGUGUUGAAGAAUUGGUCCGAGUCCGGAACGCAUAUCUUUUGGCGACUAAUGCUUGGUUUCUAAAUGUUAAACUUUGAUUAGUUUCAGUUUAUCUUCGGACUUCCCGUUGUUCAUUCGUGUGGUCGAAUUUAGGGGUCUAAGAGACAGUGUUUUCCGAGUCGUGGGGAAUGCUUGUACUCAUUGGGUAGAAUUACAACAAAGUCUCGAUCGGGUAGCGUAGGAUCCAUCUAUGUGUUCCUGGGUGAUACUAGAUUACUUUGUUUGUAAGUGUGGUUGAAUCCUUUGUGGUUAAGAUCAUGUACUACUCCUUUGGUUAAUGAAAAGUUGAAGUUGAGCCAAAAAAAAAAAAAGAAGAGAGAAAUAACGCAGAAGAAAUGAAAUGGAAACAAAACAGAGUGCAAUGACCAAAGACUUUGGUGUGUUGACUAAAUCUCCACGUCACGCCAGAAGAAGAGGAAGAAUGACACGUGGGCUAGUGCAACGGUUUAAAAGUAAUAACCACAGAUAUCACCAGCCUCAAAACCUCUCCACACGUCAAUUCUCCAAACCACAUUUUCAUUUCUCCAUCAAAAAAAGAAAUAUAUGAUUUUUGGUGAGAAUUGUGAAAGAGGGAAAAUAAUAGCCACCCACUAGUAUAUAUAUCAUCAAAACCAUGAACCAUCAUAGUCCACCGUUUUUCUAUCAUUCUCCUCCCAUCAUCGAUCAUUACAGACGAGAAGAUGGUGAAAUCCUGUGAGCUGUGUGGUGCAGAAGCCGAUCUCCACUGCGCCGCGGACUCCGCUUUCCUCUGCCGCUCCUGCGACGCGAACUUCCACGCCUCUAACAUCUUGUUUUCCCGCCAUGUCCGCCGCAUCAUCUGCCCUGGCUGCAAAUCCCUCACCGGAGAUUCCUUCUCUGGUCCUCUUUCCCCUUCGCCUCGGACUACAGCCUGCUGCUCUGGAUCGUCUUCGGAGUCUUCUUGCUGCUCGUCGCUGGAUCGUGUCUCCAGCUCCGAGCUAUCGUCAACGACGAGGGAGAAGACGAAGACGUCGCGUGCCGUCGUGAACAAAGCGCGAGGGAGGGAAAAGGGUGUUUUGGUAAAAUGGUGCGAUGAGUUAGGACUAGACGGGGAUUCGAUAAACGCCGUCGUUUCGUUGGCGUCUCUCGCUUUGGCCGUGGAGAAGCCGACGAAGGUGAUUUUAGCGGCGGCGUUUUGGUUCGGCGUUAGGAACUCGCCGAAGAAGGUGAUGCGGCCGACUCUAAAGAAGGUGGCUGAUGUGAGCGGGGUUGCGGCUGGAAUGAUUCGAGCCGUCGAAAGCAAGCUGGCGCGUGCAGUGACGUUGCAGCUUAAACGGUGGCGCGUGGACUCGGAGGAAGGAUGGGGUGAAAACGAGAAUGUUAUGUGACGUGGGUCCCCUAUUGCACCUAGGCCUUUUUAGUGAUACAAGUUAUAUGUAUAAUCGACGUGUUGAUUUUUCUUUCCAAACGUUUAAAAUGGUUCUGGAGCCUCGUGAGAUGGUAGAAAAUUCUUUAUAGUAGUGUCGAGAAUCUGGAGAUUGAAAUUCCAAAUUGGUCUUCAAGUUCAGUUGCUGUAAUGAUUAAGUCCAAUAUUCAAACGAGUUGAAGAAAAGGAUA